CAUCUCUACAUCUCGUGCAUAGCCGUCCUCUCCUCCACCCUCUUCUCUUCAGUCUGCGUGCUAUAGCCCUGCUGUGCUGUUCUCCUAGACCUUCUGUUGUAGCACCGAAGAGUGGAGGAGGAGCCACUGACUCACUCACGACCACUCUCUCACACACACACACACAGAGAGAGAGAGAGAGAGAGAGAGAGAGAGAGAGACUGACAGGCAUACUGUGACAUCCCUCCUGCACUAACUGUAAGCACUAGCUUUACUCAGCCAGGCCUGUUUGGAGCAGGGGAGCCCAGCUCGUUUUAUCGCCAAAGAUGGAUGUACUGAUGAAGGGGUUCUCCAUGGCCAAGGAGGGAGUGGUGGCCGCCGCAGAGAAGACCAAAGCUGGGAUGGAAGAAGCAGCAGCCAAGACCAAGGAGGGGGUGAUGUAUGUAGGCAAUAAGACAAAGGAGGGUGUUGUGUCAUCAGUAAACACAGUGGCCAACAGGACUGUGGAUCAGACCAACAUUGUUGGAGACACAACGGUCGCUGGGGCCAAUGAGGUGUCGCAGGCAGGCGUCGAGGGUGUUGAGAAUGUUGCUGCAUCCACCGGGUUGAUCAACCAGGAGGAGCCUGUAUACGAGGGAGAAUAUGGUGGAAUGGAGCAGGGCGGCCAAGGAGGAGAGGGUUACUAGUCUUCUUCAGGACCUUUCCGACAGCUCCCAUCUCCUCUCGUCCUCCAGAUGUUCAACAUAUUUUUUGUGACUUUAUGGAACCAAAAUCAACUAAAACGGACUCUUCCAGAUGUCGCACCUCAGCCCUUGUUCCCACCAGCCCCUCGCCCCCACACACCCACCUACUCCUCCUGUCAACCUCUGACGUCCCACUCCACUCCUGCCCUGUGAAUUUUUCUGCAGCCUGUAGCUUCUCCCUCCACUGCCCGUCUCUUUGCCCCCGCCUCACCCGUGUGUUAGUGUCGUCCUGAUGUAUGAGCCCCGCUGUCGUUACUGCCCCAAGCCUCCCAAUUGAUAGGGAAACCUCACACACACACACACACAAACACACACACCUUUGUCUGACACGUGCAUGAAGCCGCUACACACACACACACACACACACAUUCAGUGCAUAUAGUUCAUGCCAGGAACUAGAGGACAAAAAAUGUGCCAGCUGCUCUUUGUGUGUCCAUGUUAACUUAUAUAUAUAUAUAUAUAUAUAUGUAUAAAUAUAUGUAAACGUGUGUGUGUGUGCGUGUGGGCUCGUGCAGCUGCAGGCAUAUAAAAUACAAGCAGAUUCAUCUCCACAGACGUGUGCAGAGGAACCGUGCAUUGAUGACAUACCCCAUAGUGUCGUGUGCUCAGUAGUUAGAGUAGUUAGAGACUGCAUGGACAGAUGUGUGAGAACCACUUGUCAUGUGUUCACAAUGUAGAGUAGCAGCUGUGCUGUUGUGGCUUAGUGCGUGUGUUUCCGCUCGAUAUUUAGACCCUGGGAUGUAAACGGUGCCGUGAACUGGAGAACUACAGACGAGAAUCAAAAGAAGGAGUUCAUCUGAAAUGGAGUGGGGGGAAACAUGUCCUUGCAUGAGUGCAUUAGAACAUAAAGAUGUGAAAAAAAUACAUUGUUAAUGAUACAUGACUGCAUAUGAACAAUUUAAAAAUAUUUGUUAAUUAAUGAAAAAAAUACACAGCUAAACCAUCUGAGCUAUGAUCAGUAAGUGAUGGUUAGGUCAAAAAUUGAUUAUAUUUUUUCUGACAGAAAUGAAAUUUUGCAUGGAUAUAUCAUUUGUAAAUCGAUGUGAUGUUUAUGAAAAAACAGAUUACGCGAUAGCUGAUAUUUUAAAAUGAAACAUUGGUUUAAAACAAAAUAUUUAUCAUUCAAAUCUAAUCAGGACCAAAUACAGCCAGUAUUUCUAAGUAGAACAAUGUCAGAAUAGAACAAACAUCUGGUUCGCUGUGACAGAGGGUGAGCAGUUUGGAACGAGUCAGUCUUUCUACAGUAGAUGUCACCCUUCGAUGUUUGUGAAGCUUUCCUGCAUGUUACUGAGGAAAAAAGUGAAGACGUAUUCAGGUCAUUGUGAUGAAGCCCAAUCAUUAGGUGACGCAACCUGUCCACUAGACACACAGGUGAAGGUGUGGGUGUCGUACUGCGUAGAUUAGACGUGUGUGUAGUUUUGCAUUUUGCUUGACUUUGUAUUUAGAUGUGCAGAUAUUUUCAGAGUAGUUCUGUUCCCAAAACUCUUCUCAUCAAAUGUCUCGUGCCCAUCUGCACGGCGUCAGUGUGAGUCCAUCUGCACUGUGUGUGUGUCUGUGUGUUCAUGUGUGUGCUAACAUAGAAUAGGUUGAGCCAGCAGUGUGUGUGUCUGUGUUUGUGUCUGCAGCAGGUUUGUGUAUUUUUACUUUGAGGCCAACGGAAACUGAGGACUGCAUGUUGCCUUAUCGAGCAAUCUAACUUUCUCUGUCUCUCUCUCUCUCUCACACACACACACACACACACACACACACACGUGAUGACAACACACGACAUCACAUUUGUACUGACACACAUUCACACAAAUGCCACACACUCAAAUUGACACACCUCAUAUAUGCAAACACACACAAUGAUUACGUUGGCAUCAAUGCAGACUAGCUGAUUUUAUAAACAGUACCAGUGAAAUUAAAGAGGUUUUCUUGAAAUCCA